AUGACGAACUCCGAAUCCCGUGUCAUCAUCGUGGGCGGCGGUGUUUUCGGCCUCAGUACCGCGCUUUGGCUGGCCCGUGGGGGUUACAAAGAUGUGACGAUCUUCGACCGCUGUAACUUUGACACGAAUUUCUACAAUCCUGCCGAGAGAUGCGAUGGUGCAUCUGCGGAUAUUAGCAAGAUCUUCCGAGCCACCUACGGAGUGCAGCAGCACUCCCAAGAUCUUGCUUUGGAGGCCAGAGAGAUCUGGCUGGAGUGGAAUUGCGAGAUUCAAGAGAGUCGUGUAUCCGACCUCCCGCGACCACUGACUCCAGAAGAUGAAUUGCUCCAACUAUGCGGCGUGUAUCAUCUCGCGGAUGGGCCAGACAUGAUCCCGCGGUACGUGGAGAACCUGCGAGUCAUGGAAGACACUGCUCCUAGCUUGCGAGAUCUGCAGUUCAUCAAGGGCAGUGUGGACGAUGAGAAGCGAGCUGGUAUCCGGGGCGAUGAAUGGGCCCAAAAAUACCAUCUAUUCGACAAGUUCAAAGACGGCGCUACCAAUGGAUUCCUCGAUGCAGGAUCUGGAAUCACGUUGGCCGAUAAAGCAUGUGUUUACGCGCGGUAUCUUUGUCAAAAGGCCGGUGUCAAAUUCGUUCUGGGCCGCCCUCAGGGUGAGCUUGACCACUUGAUCGUGCGGCAAAACGGGCCGGACAAGCAAGUCAAGGGCAUUCAAACACGCGAUGGGUUGACGCACGCCGCUGAUCUCGUAGUUAUCGCAUGUGGUCCAUGGACACCAGCCGUCCUCCCAGAAGCGCACCGUUCCGUCGAAGCUACAAUGGGCACUGUCAUGUUUAUCGACAUACCGGAGGAUCGUCAGGAUCUGAGGGAGAAGUUUCAUCCUGAUGUUAUGCCUGUCUGGCGCUUCAUCCAGGGAGAAGGAGAAGGAGGUUAUGAGGGCGGUGGAUUCCCCAUCACUCGAGAAGGAAGACUGAAGUUUGGAUUCAGAGCGCGAAAGGUGGCCAUUUCUCUCGUUGCUGACCACCCAACAGAACAAGGCAUUCGAAUCUCAACCCCUCGAACAAAGUACAGCACAGAACCGAUCGAUACUGUCCCGUCAUACGGUCUGGAGCUCAUGAAGCAAGUCAUUGGUGGAUUGUUCCCAGAGUUGGCCGAGAUUGGCUUCACUGACAGCAGGUUAUGCUGGUACACGGAUAGUAUUGAUAAUGAGACACUGACUUUCCUGCUGUUUGUGAUCGAUUAUGUACCAGGAUACUUGGAUACCGUGUUUAUUUGUACCGGUGGCUCGGGUCACGGAUUCAAAUUCCUUCCCAUUCUCGGCAAGUAUGUGAAAAACCAACUAGAGCGGGUUCCGGAUCGAUUCACCCCCCUUUGGAAAUGGCGAACGGUCGAGGGAGGCAAGCAAUGCAAUGGCCUGGAGGAGGGGGAAGCCGGCCCUCGCGAGAUGUCAAAGCUGAAAUUGGCGAAGCCACAGGAUUUUCAGUUUUCGGGCAAGUGCCAUUCUACCUCGCCAGGUCAGCUUUGA